AUGCUGUUGUCCCUGGUGCUGCACACCUACUCCAUGCGUUACGUCCUGCCCGCCGCCGUGAUGAUGGGCACCGCGCCCACCUACGUGCUGGCCUGGGGCGCCUGGCGCUUGCUCUCCGCCCUGCUGCCCGCCCGCUUCUACCGGGAGCUGGAUGACCGGUUCUACACCAUCUACCAGAGCAUGGUGCUCUUCUUCUUCGAGCGCUACACCGGCGUGCAGAUUAUAAUCUAUGGAGAUUUGCCAAAAAAUAAAGAAAAUGUAGUAUAUUUAUCAAAUCAUCAGUGUACAGUUGACUGGAUUGUUGCAGACAUGUUGGCAAUCAGACAGAAUGCUCUUGGGCAUGUCCGAUACGUUUUGAAAGAUGGGUUAAAAUGGCUUCCCUUGUAUGGGUGGUAUUUUUCUCAGCAUGGAGGAAUCUAUGUAAAACGAAGUGCCAGAUUUAAUGAAAAAGAAAUGAGAAACAAGCUGUGGGCCCAGGUGAAAGCUGAGACUCCAAUGUAUCUUGUGAUUUUUCCAGAGGGAACUCGUUACAAUCCAGAGAUGCCAAAAGUCAUUGCAGAUAGUCAGUUAUUUGCUGAUAAAGAAGGGCUUGCAGUAUUAAAACAUGUGCUGACGCCACGUGUAAAGGCAACUCAUGUUGCCAUUGACUCAAUGAAGAAUUACUUAGAUGCAGUUUAUGAUGUUACAGUAGCAUAUGAAGGUACUGUGGACCACAAAGGGCAAAGAAAAGUGGCACCGUCCAUGACUGAGUUUCUGUGUAAGGAAUGCCCAAAAGUUCAUAUUUACCUUGAUCGGAUCGAACUGAAAGAUAUUCCAGAAGAACAGAUGUAUAUGAGAAGAUGGCUUCAUGAACGCUUUGAAAUAAAGGAUAAGUUACUAAUAGAGUUUUAUGAUGCAAAGGAUUCUAAAAGAAGAAACAAGUUCCCAGGGAAAUGUGUUCAUUCCAAACUAAGUCUCAAGAAAACUUUACCAUCCUUGCUGUUUCUAGGUGGCCUGACUGCUAGUAUGCUUCUGACAGAAUCUGGAAGGAAACUUUAUGUAAAAACAUGGAUAUAUGGGACUUUAAUUGGCUACCUUUGGGUUAGUGUUAAAGCAUAAGUAGAUGCUAGUCUCCAAUGAGAGAAAUGUGCUCUCUUGUCUUGCACAUUGCACCAAACUUUUUCCUGAAUUUAUAAAGAAAUGUAAAUAAAGCCUUAUUGAUUGAACAUUGGAUAAAUUGGAAUUUCUGACUUACACCUCUGUGUGGUUGGUCUGGGGAAAAUAUACUUAGUUUUACAAAUUUGCUACUGAUUUUGCUGUAAAAAUGACAGAUAAACUGAGUUUUAUUACACAUUGCUUUCCCCAUGAAUGAACAUCCAUCUGUAUCUGCUGAAGAUUAG